AAAUCACGUUAAGUCUGACACAGCCCAAAAUACCGCAUCUUAGCGACAAAACAGGCUAAAGAGGAAACGAUGGACAAUCGAAGCUACUUGAAUCUGCCAGAAAAGCUGCCUGCCUUCUCCGAUUCUGCCCACUUGCCACUGACCAGGUCCUUCUAUCUGGACCCCUUGGUCACUUUCCACCUGUAUCCUGAUGCCCCAAUGCCAUCCCCUUACUCUGAAGACCUGCCAUUGCUGUCUUUUCCCAGUGAUUCCCUGAUCAUGGAAAAUUAUGGUGACCCCUGCCCCUUCUCCUUCCCAGUGCCUUAUCCAAAUUACAGGAGGUGUGAAUACUCCUAUGGGCCGGCCUUUAUCCGGAAAAGGAAUGAGCGGGAAAGGCAGCGGGUAAAGUGUGUCAAUGAAGGCUAUGCCCAGCUCCGACAUCAUCUGCCAGAAGAGUACUUGGAGAAACGACUCAGCAAAGUGGAAACCCUCAGAGCUGCCAUCAAGUAUAUUAAUUACCUGCAGUCUCUUCUGUACCCUGAUAAGGCGGAGACAAAGAAUAACCCGGGGAAAGUUUCCUCCAUAAUGGCAGUCACCAGCCGCCACCCUGACCCCAUUUUUAGAAUCAUCUGAUUCAGUGUUCCUGAAUAGAAACAGAUAAUUUCACAAAAUGGAGUCUCUUACAGCAUCAUUCAGCAGUUUUUCUUAAGUGUAAUUUCUUCAUAGGGAGAUAACAGCUCAAAUGUCCACCUGUGCUGGGUAUUUCCUGCCAGAGUUUCAGAUGUACUAAACAUGAUCUUAUGGGCAUUGAA